GCGUCAUAACAACGGUUACUAAGCAACGGUGUGUUUACAUGUUGGCUAGCAGACCAGCUAACCCGGAUUAUAACAAUCUAAACCGGGUUGAUUUGAACCGUUUUAAUGCUGAUGGCGGGCGGUGUGACGGACCCCAGCCGGGCUCCGGUGGCCUUCGGCCGGCGGGCGGUACCGCAGCUGUUCGAGGAGCUGCAGCAGCCGGACCAGGACCGGCGGCUCCGGGCCCUGAACUCCCUCUGCGACCUGAUGCACGACCCGGAGCGGAUCCAGCAGACCAUCAGAGCGGGUUUUCUGGAGCAGCUGAAGGUUUUGUUGGAGGAUGAAGAUCCUUCAGUCAGAACAAAAACCUGCGAGCUGCUUCUCAUGCUGAGCUGCAAAUACACAGCCAGCGAGGCCCUGCUCUCCUCCUCCCUCCUCCCUCCUCUGUCUCAGCUGCUGGAUGACUCCUCGUCCUCCUGCAGGAGGAGCGUCCACCGAGUGAUGAAGCAGCUCAGCGUGUGGACCUCAGGUGCCAGCGCUCUGCUGCCUCUGGUUCCUAAACUGAUGCUGAAGCUCAACGAGGAGGAGGACGAGGAGGCGCUGGUGCUGCUCCUGUCCACCGUCAGCUGCUGCUCCAGAGUGGACGUCCUGCCGGCUCUGGCCUCUGACGGAGUCUCGCUGCUCGGCCAAAAACUCUCCCAUCCGUCCCCGAACAUCCGCAGGGAGGCGGCUGCAGCCAUGAUGACCCUCAGUGUGUGUGAGGACGGGAGGCAGCAGGUUUGUGAGCAGGCGUUACUUCCUGUCCUGGUCGGUCUGCUGCGAGAAGACGACAUAGAGGUUCAGAUCCACGCUGCAGGAGUCAUCAUGUACGUCGUGGUCAUCACACCAGGGAAGCUGCAGUGUCUGGACCUGGACGCCAUCCCCGUCUUCCUCGACCUGGUGUCGAAGAAGAAAGAGGAGGAAGAUCGGAGGAGGGUCCUCGUCAUGUACUCCCUGCGGGUUCUGACCGCCCUGGCCGAAGCUCCAGAUGGCCGGCGCCUCCUGCUGGAGCAGCUCCCCCUGCUGGUGGCGAGGAGCGAGGCCACAGAGGAGGACGAGAACAUCCGGCGGGCUGCUCAGACCGCCGUCAGGGUCAUCACCUGGACUCCCUGAUGACCUCUGACCUCCAGAACAGACCAACUGGGUCACAGAUCACAAAGAAAACUAUAAAUGCAUUAACUAUG